AUGCAGGAGAACAUCAGCUCCAACGCAACAAUUCCAGUUGAAACUCAGGUCAGCACUGGAGUACUGGCACUGUGCUUUAUCAUUGGAAUCCCUGGCAACAUAGCGGUAGUGGUGAUGAUUCUCCGCAACUUCAAGAAGGACAACUUCACCCUGAGAUUGAUGCUGAAUCUGGCGGCCUCUGAUAUCCUGUGCUUGUCCACUCUGCCAUGGUUAAUCUGCAACUUGCUCACCAAUUGGCAAAUGACUCAUUCAAUUUGCAAACUACUCGUUUUGAUGGUGUAUAUUAGUCUAGUCAACAGUGUGAUGACAGUGAGUCUGAUGAGUGUCCAUCGCUACUUUGCUGUUCUUCACCCAUACCUUUGGAACAAACUGGGGAGGAGAGGCGAGAUCGUGCUGAUCUUAUCACUGUGGAUACUAGCUUGCAUCUUGUCCUCCCCAACCCUCGUGACUUUUGUGGUAAAGGUGAAACACGGAAAGUACGAGUGUGAUCCACAAUUCAGCUCGGAUGGACAGAGAGCUGGAAUUCGCUUCUGUGAGACACUUUUUGGGUUUGUUAUUCCUUUUAGCAUUCUUGUCGUGUAUUACAGCUCCCUCCACAAGAAAGUCAACGAGACGGCCUUCUUUACCAGCAAGAGACUCACCAAGCUGGUCCGUAACAUCAUAGUCACAUUUUUUGUCUUCUGGAUUCCGUUUCAUGUAAUGAAUGUAAUUGAUAUGUUGGCCAUUUCUCUGAAGUCAUCCCAUCCAGAUGCAUCAGCAAAGCUGACUGACUUCUACAAUUCAGCUGAGGAUAUUGUCAUCAGCUUUGCCUUCAUCAACAGCUGUGUGAACCCUUUUCUGUAUGCCUUUGCAUCUAAAAGUCUUCGCCAUGGCAUAGAUGAAGACACAGAUGUAGCUGAUAAUGGUUUGCAAAAUACCAGUGUGGCUGUUACUUUGUGACUUCUUGCCAUCAGUCUGGCUAGCAGAUACGAUCUCUCUGCACUGUGCAACUGCC